AUGCAAUGUUGUGAUUCACAUGAAGCUUUGGGAGGCUCCCCAUCUCUAGGGAACUGGGGUGAGGGGCAGGGCAGGAGUCACCGUUCCAGGUUACAGAGCUUUGAGGAACAGGGAGAGAGGCCACACACAGACUCACUAUGCAAAUACCUCUGGAGAUACACAAGGAAAGGGCCCGGCCUGGUUAAGGAAAAGGAGCGGAUAAGACCUCUCCAGGUAAGGAACAGCCUGGAAAGUGAAUCUCAGUUAUUCCUUCGGACGCGGCUUAGCUCUCCCCAGGGCGCCGACUUUGAAGCCAGAGCCCUGAUUACGGGCCCGGGAACGUCUGGGGGCAGGGUGCCUGUUUCCCAGGCGGGACCCGACCGGAAGCAAACUUUUAGGCAACGGCGUUUCCCCCGGUUCCUCUCCUCUUCCCGACCAGGGUCUUCAGACGCACACCCGAGCCCGGCCUACAGGCCCAGCCCCCCCAUUUCCGGAGCCUGCGCCCCGGACCCCGCGGGGGCCGAUCCCAGGGGAAGGCCUGGCUUCCUCUUCCUUCCGGGCCUGCCCCACCUCCGCCGCGCUCCUCAGCCGCCAGGGGCCCGGGGCCGAGGCGGGAGAAGGGCACCCACCUGGUCGGUGUCACAUGCUGCUGCCUUGGCCCCAGCGUCCCCUCCAGGUCCCGGCGCCGGCCGCAGUCCCCAGCGCCGUCCCCAGCGCAGGCCCGGCCGCCCCACCCGCGGCCCGCCCCUGGCCGCCCGACGUGAGGGAGGGAUCGGGUUCUCCUAGGAAGUUUCAGCACACAUGACAAUCAGGGAACCAUGUGGAAAUCAUCCAUGAGGUAUAAGGACACUGGGUCCCUGAAUCACCAAUUGAUGGCAUGAUGUCUGCUGGUCAGGAAAAUCUCCUCUGAACAAGGAAUGAACAUUGGUUUACUGUAAAAUUUUCAAAUAAUGUAGUAUUCUUUCCCAUGGUUCAAUCUACAUUUUGAGAGGUCUCUUCUUUAACUCUUUAAUGUGUAUUAUUUUAAACGUUUUUUCAUACUCUAGUAUUUGUCUCUAUGUAUAUUCUCACACACACACAUAUCUAGGUAGGUUUUCAAGUGAAUGAGAAAGCACAGUAUCAAUAUAACUUUGUUUUCUCACUUAACAUUUAAUGAAAAUUUUGCUUAUGGUUAAUAUUAGUUUAUAUGUAAAUUGUAUAUUAAUAUCAAACUAUUAGAUGCUAAUAUAUUAAUAAAACGUAUUUAUAUUAAGAGUUGCAAAACACUUCAUGGUAUAUAUUUGCAAUGUUUUAUUUAAUAACCUCAUUAUUGAUAUUAGGUUAUUUAUCAAUAUUACAAAUAUUGCUUCUGCUUAAAACAUAUUUACAUGUAUAUAUUUAUGCAUAUGGAAAUAUUUCUGUAGGAUAUGUUCUUAGAAUUGGAAUUGCUGCA